AUGGAAGGGCUUCAAUCUGAGACGACUGAGCCGUCAUCACUCCGACCUGCCGCCGACGCUGCUGCUGCUGCUGCUGCUGCCAACGCUAAUCCUGCCAACGUCGAUACUGCGGUGGCGAUGGUGGCGGAUGGGAUUCAGUUUGAACGCCACAGUCCCGUUGCUGGAAACACGUCGCAUCCGACGCGCUUGGAGGGCUUCUGGGCAAGCAGUCCCCGCAUCGAGGACGACGGGUACCAUGGCGCAUAUCCAUGGCCAACGCCGUCCACACAGCCGUGGCCGCGCCGAACCGACUGGGUUGGCAAGCUCAGGCUCAUCCAAGACGCGUUCGAGGCUGCUCAGACAACAAGAACCACCAGUAUCACUCAUGCCAUCGGAUGGAACGACAAGUCCGGCUGCGCCAAGAUUGUCUCCAUCUCCCCCAGAAGCAUUCUCACAAAUCAGCUCGACUCGACACGCUCGACCGAUGGAACAAGCAGGCCUGCCGACCUGCUCCGUUUUCACGAAUACGACGAUGCCACUGCCCAAAUUACAUGGCCAGAGGGUCUGGCACACUAUGUCGAGGUGCACCACAUCCUGCCGUCCCUCAUUUUCUACGAAGAGUGUGUGUGUCGCGCCUCCGUCAAUCGAGUGACUAUUGGAUAG